AUGGCCGUCACUACCCCACAACAAACUGAGCCCAACCGCCUCCUACUUAUCAGCGUACCCCGCACAGCCUCAAACCUCCUCUUAAAAGUCCUCAACAUCGCCAACCAACCAAAUGUCCUCACAAGCCCCAAGGGUGGCUACUUCUUCUUCGAUGCCUUUAUGGCCUCCGGGAAAGACGGCCGUCUAAACAAGCCCCUCUCACAAUGGACAGAAACCGACAGAACUGAAGUGCAGAACGCUUUCCAAUCCAGCAUCGACAGCCUGGAAGUCUACUCAGCCCGUGCCCGCGCCGAGAACAAGAUUAUGUUCGCUAAAGAGCACGCUUUCUGGUUUACCAACCCAGGAGUUUUCAGUAGUAUGAUCCAUGGUUCCAACAAAGAAGAAGAUAAGAAGUCGUUUAGAGUCACCCUGCAGGAGAGCUAUGGCGCCCCGACGUUCUCUGCCCACAAUGAUACUAUCCUCCCUGAUCAAUAUCUGCGCACGUGGAAGCUGGCUUUCAUCAUUCGUCACCCGGCACUGGCCUGGCCAUCCAUGUAUCGGGCCAUGCAGAAGAUUUCCCAGGCGGGGUAUAUCGACGAGGAUGGUAUUAAGGGCAUGAGCAUGUCGAAUAUGAGUAUGUCAUGGACACGCCGACUGUUCGACUGGGCGAUGGAGCAGCCAGAUGUGCCUACUCAACCGUUGGUUAUCGAUGCCAAUGAUGUAAUCCAUAACCCGGCUGCUGUGGUGAAGUUCUGUGAACUUGCCGGCCUUGAUAGUGCCGCCAUGCAGUUUGAGUGGGGUGGAGUGGUUGAGAAGAAGUCUGAGUCUUGGUCUCAAGAUCGUGCGCCUACUUCUGGGGAUGCGGCGGAGCUUGAAAGGCAAAGGAAGGCUGCUGCUAUUAUGUUGGCUACGCUUGAGGGGUCGACUGGUAUUGUCAAGGAUAAGACACCGUUGGAGGUGGAUGUUGAUGUUGAGGUUGCUAAGUGGAAGUCCGAAUUUGGGGAUGAAGCUGCUGCUUUGCUUGAGAAGGCUACUCGGGAUGCGAUGGAUGAUUAUGAGUAUUUGACAGAGCGGAGGGUCAAGGUCUAG